UUUGUCCUCCAGCCAAUGGCAGGGCAGCACAGGGCUCGGCUGUGGAUCCAGCCAUCAGAGCUCUUCAUUGAGAAAAAUCCACAGCCGAGUUUUAAUCCGAGGAGCUGCAGGGGAUGUAGGGGAGGAAAUCUGCGGUUAUUUUUCACACUGACAAGAAACUUCACUUCCCAGGGUGAAGACGCCUGCAACAUGGACGGCUUUUAUGACCAGCAGGUCCCUUUCGCAGUCCCCGAGAAGAAAUGUGAUGCCGAGGGAGCAGAGAGAUGUCUCAGCGAGCGGAAAAGGAAGUUCAUGGACACAGAGCUGGCUCAGGACACAGAAGAACUCUUUCAAGAUCUGAUCCAGCUUCAGGAAAUCUGGAUCGCAGAAGCUCAGGUUCCUGAUGACGAGCAGUUUGUCCCAGAUUUCCAGUCCAAUAACUUGAUGUUUCAUGGACCACCUGUCAGCAAAGUGAAGAGAGAGCCCAGUCCGUCUAAAGACCUGUCUCCCUGCAGAACGCCUCACCCUGACAUGUGCCUUUAUAGUUACAGUGCCUGUGACAACAAGCCAGCUGGACUCAAAGAUCUGACUCCAGCCUCCACACCAGCACAGUGUGGCUCCACCCACCCUGCUGGACUUCCACCUGUACAGAGGCAGCUACAACCUUCUGCCCCGCAGCUGACCAGCAAUUGCCCUCCAAGCCACGUUCCUGCCCUGAGCCCCUCCCACCACCACCACCACCUCCCACAGCUCAACCAAAGCCAGCAGUUUGCUCUGCCACGUCCCCCCGUCAGCUGCCCCACUGCGUCUUUCAGCACAGAGCAAAGGUUUCAGCGGCAGCUGUCAGAGCCCUGCUUGUCUUUCCUCCCUCCGGAGAAAACCGUGAACUCACAGUACCAAUCUGCGAGUCGUGAUGGUCGACCGAUGUAUCAGCGCCACCUUUCAGAGCCUCUAGUUCCCCACGGCCCCCGAGUUUUCAAACAGGAGCUGGUGGAUCCACGAUAUACUGAGCCAGGGCCACCCACUCCAAGUCUGGCCCAGCCCCAGACUGCCUUCAACCAUGUCACAAUCAAACAAGAACCAAGAGACUUUGGCUUUGACUCAGACGUUCAAACCUGCCAGUCGACGUUUGGGAAGUCUUCAGUCAUGUACCAGAAUAACAGCGUUGCGUUUGGUCAUGACAGAGAGCCACAUUUGUACUAUGACGACACUUGUGUUGUACCAGAAAGACUGGAGGCCAAAGUGAAGCAGGAGGGUUUGCCGUACCAGCGCCGCGGCUCCUUGCAGCUCUGGCAGUUCUUGCUCACACUGCUGGAAAACCCGGCCAACGGACACCUGAUAGUCUGGACGGGACGCAACAUGGAGUUUAAACUAAUUGACCCUGAAGAGGUGGCUCGGCUCUGGGGGCUUCAGAAGAAUCGGCCGGCCAUGAACUACGACAAGCUGAGCCGCUCACUGAGGUACUACUACGAGAAGGGCAUCAUGCAGAAGGUGGCUGGGGAAAGGUACGUCUACAAGUUUGUGUGCAACCCCGAGGCGCUCUUCUCCAUGGCUUUCCCAGACAACCAGAGGCCGAGUCUGAAGGCCGACCCGGACGCCAUCCCUCCCCCCAGCGAGGAGGACGGCCUCCCCCUGCCCAGCUAUGAGGAGGAGGGUUCGUACCUGGCUGAAGGCGGGGAGCAGUGCGUCCAGGGACUGGCUUUCCCCGACAGCUACCCAUACUAGACUCCACAGCCUGGCAGCUGGAGGAAACGGGAGGUAUUUCACAGGUGGAGCCUGACUUACUGAGCAGUGUUUGAAAUAAUCACCACGUAUACCCACAUUAUGUAUGUAUGUCACAGAAAUUAUGACUUUACGAAAGAAGUUUUUAUUGAAACGAAACGUCUCUUUUGGCAAAUGUUUUGGUUUCAGCUUGAAGCUGAAAAUCAGAGAUGCAAAAAUGCAAUCCUUUGUCUAAAACUAUUGUAACUCUGAUUUGGUUUAGUUGUUAUAAUGGGUUAGAGCCAAAAACAGAAACGUUUGGAGAUUUCAAGAAUUAACUUGUAAUAGUUUUUCAAAAAUUUGAAGAAAUAGUUGUAAUAUUUCAAGAUGAAGUUGUGACAUGAAAAACGUCAUAAUAUUAUGGGGAGAAGUCAGUAAUUUUAUGCAAAAAUGUUAUAAUGUGAUUGUCAUGACAAUAGUCAAGAAAAUAGUCUUAUAGUUAAAGUAAUAUUGAAGAAUAAAGUUUUAAAAGUCUUUCAAAUUAAGUUGUAAUUUGAAAGACUAGCUAACAAACUAUUACAUUAUUAUUAUUUUAUUAUUUUGUAAAUUUACAAUUAAACAUUUUCUGAUAAGAAUUGCAACUGUAUUCUCAAAAUGUUACAUUUUAAACUUUUGCUCAUAACAUUAGGACGUUUUUCUCAGUAUUUAUAUUCCCCCCGUCACACUGGCCCUACAGCCUGUUUGGUUGUAGUUCUGUAGCAUGGUUGUCGCUGUAGUCCUUGCGUACGUGAACUCUGGGAUCUGUAUUUCAACCAAAAAGCAUCUCAAAACCAUGAGCGCUCCUUUAUUAAUUUACUUCUAAUUUUAUAUUUUUGGGGGGUAAACCUUAUACUGCUUGAAAGGGACACACGUGUAUUUUCCAGAUGUUGUAGUCCUCCUAUAAACAUGUAUAUUGAAAUGUCUUUUGUGUACUUUUUCUUGUUUUCAAAGCUAAUAUUUUUGGCAUUAUAUGGACUUGUAAGUUUUUCCUAAACUGUUUUUUGACAAAGGUACUGCUACUAUUUUUGAUUCUGUAAUACUGCCACUAUGAUGCUAAUAAUAAUAAUAAUUAUAAGCAUGGACUUUCUUACAAACGGCUUAUUGUACUGAGAUAGUUUUCUGCAUUUUGUAUAGUUGAUUUGCUUCAAUGUGUAGAAAAGGUGUAUAAUUAUAUAUGAAUAUAUUUUUGCUAAAGGCUGCGUUUGCUUGAAGUCGUACUAUGAGCUGCAGAGUUUAGCCUGCUAACGUAUUGCAUCAGUUUCAGCCUCUCCAAGGUGCAUGACUUACACACUUUGAGUCCUGCAGAUAGAAAUUGUUGUGAUGGUAUAUUUUGCUAUAUGAUGAUCACAUGGUUUGAGUGGAGGCUGGAGAGAGAUACUGACACUGGUGUGACGUCUGCCUUCAGAUACUGUAUGUGUGCCUUCUGUUGAUCUUUACUGAUCCAAUAAACUAUUUUACUCUUUU